AUGUCAGCCAGGAAGGGUUUUCUUCACCCGCCGUCAAAUUAUCCCACAACGACGAUGACAUGCCCCAACAAUCAGGCUGCAAACCCCUUUUUUGUGGAUUCCUUAAUCAACGCGAGAAGCGAGUCUGGCACCUAUUACCAAAGUAACGGCGUGUAUCUACCACCAGCGACGGAGUACUCGUAUGGACUGUCCGGGUCUGGCUCCUGUUUCCCGGGGAUCGCUAAGCGCAGCGAUCCGAGCUCUCACAUCCCCGCGUCUGCGCCAUAUGUUCAGGGGAUGGAAACGUGGCUGGAACAGUCGCGUUCUUGCCGAGUGGAGCAGCAGCAGCCCCACGGCGUGCAGCAUAUGACCCCGUGCUCAUUCUCAGCGAGCAUUAAAGAAGAGAGUGCGUACUGCCUUUAUGAGCCUGAUAAAUGUCCCAAAGCAGCGACGGUAGAUGACAUUUCCUAUUCAGGGGGCAGUACAGUGCCAGUGCCCGGCUACUUCCGCUUGUCCCAGACACCGUACACGUCCUCCAGAGUAUACCACGAUACCCAGUCAGGACUGAACCACUGCAGCCCUGAGAGAGUUGCCCGUUUGGAGGCGCAGAGCGUAUCCCAGCCGCAGCAUGCUGCGUCCACAGAGCGCGUGGGAGAAGGGAACCACGAGGAGGCGCCUUGUGUGCCGGACAGAGACGAAGACAGCCGCCCGUCAUCAGACGUCUCAUCCUCUCCGGAACCCAACGAGAGCAACGCGGAGAGCCCAGAAAAACCCUCCAAAGGAGACGAUAAAACGGAGAGCACUGCGAACUGGCUCACAGCAAAGAGCGGCCGUAAAAAACGUUGCCCCUACACCAAGCACCAGACCCUGGAGCUGGAGAAGGAGUUCCUCUUCAACAUGUACUUGACUAGAGAGCGUCGUUUGGAGAUCAGCCGCAGCGUACACCUCACCGACAGGCAAGUCAAAAUCUGGUUCCAAAACAGAAGAAUGAAACUGAAAAAAAUGAGCCGCGAGAACAGAAUCCGAGAGCUGUCCACUAACUUCAGCUUCUCGUGAGACGUGUGUGCGUCCCGCCAAAUGUGAAUAUGGACCUUAAUGCUAACUUAUUGAUUGUUGCUCUUUUGAAACUGUUCAUUUCGUUUCUAUAUGUGGUGUAUUUAUAAAUAGCGUAAAUGUUGUGUUUUUAAGAAUGUGACCACAGCUGCUUAGACAUGUUGUACAUAUGUAUAUUCUACAAACUGCAUGUUGAACU